GUGUCUGUGUGUUUGUGUGUGUGUGUGUGUUAGUGAGAAAUGGGAGGGUAGAAACCCUCAACGUGAGAUAGUCCUCAACGACAGAGCUGGAACGAGUCAUCUGGUGUUUGCAGGCUUCAAACAGAAAACUCUCCAGAAGACAGCGAGGCUUCAGGAGGGACCUGGCCUCUUCAUCACCAAUACGCUCAUCAUCACAACAAGACCAUGAGCGCCCACGAGCACAACCACUCACUGGACUACUUUAAUGGCACACCAUGGUUUAUCUCCGAAUGCACCCUCCAGCUGGAUGUUGCUGCAGACUAUCGGCGCAUCGCCCUCUUCCUGAUCUACCUUUUCAUCUUCAUGGUGGGCCUGCUGGAGAACGGGCUGGUCGUCUGGGUGAACUGGCGCCGACGCCACUCGGCUAACGGGGUUCUCUUCUGCAUCAUCAACGUGAGCCUGUCGGACCUGAUGGUGAUCGCUAUCCUGCCGUUCUUCAUGAUGGAGGUGACCAUGGACAGGGUUUGGCUGUGGGGACGCUUCCUCUGCAAGGUCACCAACCUCAUCUAUGUGAUCAACUUCUACAGCAGCUCCUUCUUCCUGGCUUUCAUGACCCUGGAGCGCUACCUGUCCCUGACCAGGCCCUCGUUUCCGGCCUUCUUCCCUGUGGUGGGCCGGCGCCGCUGGCUGCUCUGUGGAGGCCUGUGGGCGCUCUCCUUGAUCCUGGCUCUGAUGGAGAACGUCCACGUGGAUCUUCUGGAGUGGGAAGAGCCGGGCUGUUUCAUGGUGCCUGAGUACCACUACACCGAAUGGUUCGUCUCUGUGGCUUUCCUCUGCCUGAUCUUCCAGUUCCUGGGCCCCGCGGCCGUCAUCAUCACCUGCAAUGUUCUGAUCGCUCGUGCAGUUCAAACAGCGCAGGAUGUGCAGGGCCGGCGGGACGUGUGGCUGGUGCACGUGUACUCCCUGGUGUUUGUCAUUUGUUGGCUGCCCUACCACCUGGUCAUGUUCCUGAUGAUCAUAGAUGACCUGGACCCGUACCUCCUCACCUGCAACACGGUAGAAGCCCUCUACUUCUCCAUCAACGUGGUGGAGAGCCUGUCUCUGUUUCACUGCGUCGCCAACCCCAUCCUCUACAACUUCCUCAGCAAGAGCUUCCGCACCAACCUGAUCAACACUGUGGUGGACUACAUACCCAGAGAGGUUCCUGUGGACCAGGUGGGAGCAGGGCCCCAGCCCAACGCUCCCAAUGGAGGCGGGUUGGACCUGGGGAAGCAACGCAAGCUAAGUAACGCCAGCACCAGCCAGUCUGAUAUCGGAUCAUAAAAAACAAAGCUGAGUUGAGAAAAGCGAGACGUCAGAACUUAAUCCAGUCUUUGUGCUUCAGAAAACCAGAUGCAUAGAUUUUACAAGGUAUCAUCUCACCUCUGGUCAUAGACUCAUUGUGCUAUUUGUUACACUGCUGAUGGGCUCACAGACACCUUCCACGCAUUAUCCACUUCCUUUUUUCCACCUUUUUUACAUAUAUCUGAUCGCAGUUUUAAACAGAGGAAGGCAGGAAAUGUUUGGUGUGGGGUUUUUCUUUUUUUUCCUCAAAGCUGCUCAACGCCCACAGGAAUGGAAUUUAAAAUCUUAUAAGAGAAUAAACCAGGAAUGUGUGUAAACAAAUGUGCUGUCGGUCCAGUGCCAGAUAGGAAGAACCCUCAUAAACAUCUUUAAAUGUUUUUGUUUCUCUUCAUUACAAAUUUAACAGAUAAAUCAUAAUUCAUGUCACCUAAUGCUUAUUUAUCUGUUCCUAGAUGCUGCUGUGUUCUACAUGUAAUGUAAUUCAGAUUAAAUGCAAUAAACAUCAAUUGUAUCCAU